AUGCGCUUUUUUACGUUCCAGCGCAGAGGCACUCCCACUCGCACAUUCCAAAGAUCAUGGUUAAAGUUGUCAAACGCACAGCGACUGGCCAGAGGGUUGCCAUUGAAAGCUCCUGUGCGCAAAGCUAAAACUGUCAUCAUUCGCCAGAUGCCUUCCGCUGGCCCCCCUGUUACCAAAAUGGGAAUGAUGCAGGUUACCAACGUUGAUACGGGAGAGUCUGUUGGCUAUAUCUCUGCGACUUUCUUGUCGACUGGCCACCUGGGAUUUACGACCGAUGUGGCCAAGGCACUAGAAAUCUCUUUUGUUAUUGAUUCCUUUGCAACCACUGCAACAGGUCUUCGAAUUAUAAUGGAUGAUUCGGACCAGUCAAUUGAUUUUCCAAUCCUUGGCCUCAUUCAAGGACGCGACAAUUCCGACGAUGACAUUGGUUCUUCAAGUUUCAACUAUCUUUAUCUGGGAGGUGUUGCUCUGCCAGGAACUGCUUCUGGCUCCAUUGCCAGCCUUAUGGACAACACUUAUACGAACGCCACUGCUAUCUCGAGAGCUUCGGAAACAGACGUCGUACGUACCAAUUGGUCAAGGGUACUCAACGCAUUGUUGAGAAACUUUCUGCCUCUUUAUCAGUGGUCUAUCGACCUCAACACCGGGCUAAUUACAUCGCAAUGGGUCAACGAGGAUGGUACCAGUGUCACGACCACAGAGCUCUUCUCUCAAGGUACAGCCCUAUAUGCUGGAGGCAAUUCCUCUGCCUUUAAUGAGGUUUAUAGCAGUCCGAUAUUCAAAUAUACCCUCACAUUCGUUCCCUUUGUCUAA